UUCCCGGUCCGCGCCGCCCCCUCCUGCUGCUCGCUGCUUCUCGCCUCGCGCAACGCGCGGCGCGGCGAGCCAGUUUGUGUGAAGCUGGUGGUGAGAAAGGACGCAGCUGUCUGCUUACCCAGCCGCCUGCACCACGUCGCAGGAUUACAGGACAGACGGCUGCCUGCUCCACCUGGCACCGCGGGGAAAGAACAGCCCCCGGCGCCCCGAGGUGCUGGUGGUGGUGCCGCACCUCAGGCUUUUGCAGGGCUCGUCACUAGUGAAGCGAGUGAUUUCUACGAGUCUGGCCGCGGUGGUGGUGAAUUUGUGACACGUUUGAAGGAUUUACAUGUGCGGGCCCCGCGCAGCACACCGCCUGUGUUACAACUGAGCACCCGCAGCUGUUGAUCCAGCGGAAGAAGACAACCACCUCCUCCCGCGCAGAAUAAACCUCCCGCCGCCCACCCCCACCUCUUCCCGUUUUCCUCCCGCCCUCAUUCUCCAAGAAGCCCGCUGCGGGACCCUCACUACUCCCACAACCCUUCCCCGCCCCUCAUCCAGCGUGCCCCCUCCCCGCUGGCGCCGCUCAAGGCUUGUCCUCCUCCCCGGGCAUCAUGUCGUCCACGCUGCCGCGCACCCGCAGCGUGAGCGCCGCCUCCACCUCCUCUUCGGGUAGCAAGCAGGACCGGAUUCGUCCCGUGUCCGUGUGUGACACCUCGUGGUCCAGGAUGACCGGCCAGGAGCUCCGGCAGCAGCACCUGGUGAGGACGCCGUCACAGGCCAACAACCUGUGCACCACCGUUCCGCAGAACCUCGUUGUGCAGAACCUGGGCGGCCGCCACACGCCCACCAGGAGCAGCCUCAGACACUCCCGCAUGAUCGUGCUCUCCAAGAACGGCAAAGCAGCAGUACGUGACCGGCGGUGGGCCCCCAAUAGCCUUGGUCGUGCGGGCGUGCUGGUGGUGACGGCGCAGAUCCUGGUGGGCGUGAUGGGCGUGACGCUGGCGGCCUGGUUCUUGAUGUGGGCGCCCAUUCUCAAGUUCAGAGAGGUCCCCCACUAUGCAGGCGUCCCGGUGUUCCUGGCGGGGGUGUGUGGCGCCAUCCUCAUCAGUUGCUUCCAGAGGCGCCGCCACAGCACACUUGGCAGCGUCAUCAAGGGCGUGCUGGUGGCACUGUGCUGCAUCAGCGUGGUGACCUGCCUGUGUGUGUGCAUCUUCACGGCGCUGCACCUCACCCAGCUGGCCGCCAUGACGUGUCACACUGAGCACUCCACCCUCGCCCACCCCGAUCACAGCCUCGCCGCGCCCGCCACCGAGGCCCUGCCCGGAAUAGAGGACGACGAGGACGAGAGCGAGGGCAGCGGCGCGGGCUGGUCAGACUCGGCGUUGUACGAGAACGAUGACGUAGACGCCGCCUUGGAGUUUGAGACCGUGACCCUGGAGAGCGUAACGGUGGGCCUCGACCAAGGCGUGCUGCUCAACAUCACGACGUGCCUGUGCGAGCAGCGAGGCCCGUCUUGGCGGAGGACAAAGUCUUACGCAAACUUGAGCUGUUUGGAGGUGAACAAUAUCUUGCCCAUCUUGUUCGUGGCGUCCUGCGUGGUGACGGCCAUCGGGGCGGUGCUGUCUGCCCUCAUCCUCUACCUCCUCUGGUCAUUUAAAAAUAGUUUCUACGGUCCCGCGAAGCCAUACGAGCGAAGACCGUUUAUAUUUACCAGUAACUUUAAGAACACUGCCAAAGCAAGCAAUGGGUCGAGCAAUAAAGUAUUGAACGGUGACUCCAGGUUCAGGUGACGAAGGUAACCGUGGAGUGUGAGGGGAGGCUGUGUGGGCGCCGCUCACCUGUCUCCGGGAACACAGGAACAGUGUACACUGAAGGCCGGGAGCACCUGCUGGCCGGUCAUGCCGCCGAGCCAUUCCGGUUCCGUGAAGACGCCGACGCGCAAGUUUUUACGCUAGAAAUGGAAUCGGCCAGAGCCAGCAUCAUAACACACGGUACCGUCAGCAGUGAGACGAACAUUGUCACGCGAGGCCGUGCUGACUGGCAGUACACCCUUGCUGGUUUCCUGUUGACUUACCUUCCUGCAUCUACAGACUGCCUAUGUAUGUAGGUCAGCUUAUUUUAUGACUAAGUUAAGAUUUUACCCCAAGUUGUAAUAAAGCUUGAUUUUCACAAGUGCUUCCCGUGUUUUGAGAAAUAAAAAAAUCCGAAACGUGACUGACAGCGGCGUUGCAUAACAGUGUUGCCAGUUGUGCGUCAGGUCGUGAGAAGCACAGCGUGGCGGGCCUCUAGUUUCCCGGUGCCUCCACUUCCAGCUGGUCCAGGAGUCUGUGUUCUCGUGGCUCCUCCGCCUCUCUCACUCCGGCACCUUCAGUCAUCUUGAGAUCACCUCGUAUUCUCAAACCGCAAGUCUCGUGGCAACAAAUCAAAGGCGAGACUUGGUGUGUUUAGGACAUUGUUAGUACAUCAGUGUCGCGUCCUGGGUGAGGCGGUUGUGACCCACCGCUGCCCGGCCCUCGCUGCGGAUCACAAGAGACGCUCUUCAAGACAUGGCGCGUCCCACUGUCCUGCUCCUGGCUGUCGUGGUGUGUCUCUUGGGCGCCCACCUGCCUCCCGCUGCCUCCAGGCCUGCGCUGCUGAAACCCGAAGGAAGCUACACGCCGGAGCAAAGGGAAGUCAUUAAGGUUGUGGACGACCUACUCAACCAGCUGCUGAGACAGUUGUUGCAAGAAUAUGGAGAGGAUACACGGCCAUUCAGCGCUGAAGAAGGGUCUCCUUACGCCGGGAAUUCCGCCGAGGACCAGGGGAGGCCGCAGCUACCGAGGCCGACCCGUGUUCCCCCUGCGAAGCCGACCCGUGACCCCACAGUGAGGCCACCCGGCUCCGCUGAUGCUGGAGGAACUGGAUCUUAUGGAGACUCAAACACGCAUCCUGAAGUACAGCCAGUGAAUGGUGGACGCAUAGUUUUCCCUUCGGACUAGGAGCUGCUUUUAGCAUGUUUUCAUAUGCGGGUGUGUGCAUUUCCAAAUCAAGCAUUCGUUGUCAUAAAUGCAUUUUUCAUAAAACUGAAUCUGCUCGCCUUUCCAAAACACACGAAUAAGUAGUCUGUGGUAUAUUUAUUAGCUAUUGUUGUUAUAUCUUAUGUUAUGUAUGCAUUAAUUAAAUAUGUGCAAUAU